UGCUGGCAGAAUCAUCGAACGAGAGAGGAUACAGUCCUGUGUCCUGUGUGUCGUUAUGUAAAAGAUAUACCGAACGCCUGUGAACAGGAGAAAGAGCUGCUCAUAGUUCCUUCGAAAAUUACGUCUCACGCACAUUGAGUAAAAAAAAGCAAUUUUUUCCUUUCCAAUUUUCACCCUAAAAGUGCCGCAUUGGAGAAUUUCACCCUCUUGGAUCUUUCGAACGUCCUUGUAUUUGAAAAACCAAAAAUUUUUUCAACGUCGACUCCAAAGCUCUGCGAUCUAAGAUAAAUCAUCGGGUGUCAAAUGUGUAAGUUCAAAUUAUCCAGCCGUCCCGUUGAUCGUUGAGAAAAUAAGAAGCAAAACAUCAAUGGAACUACAAUUCGUAUUGUUCGCCUAUUUUUUGGGAAUGUGCUUAGGAUUAAAAGAAGUCCGUAUCCAGAUACCGAACGCUGUAAAAAAAGGUGAUUCAGCGAUAUUCGGAUGUUGGUAUGAUACAGAGGGGGAUACUUUGUACGCCGUCAAGUGGUACAAGGGUCGUCGUGAAUUUUACCGUUACACACCAAACGAUAAUCCUGCAAUCAAGACGUUUCCAAUUGGAACGUUGAGCGUUAAUAAAAGCGAGAGUAACGCUACGCAGGUUGCAGUUAACGGAUUAGAAUUGGAUUCCGCCGGUACUUACAGCUGUGAAGUAUCGGCUGACGCUCCUUCAUUCCAUACCGCUAUUGUAUCCGCGAAUAUGAACGUUGUUGAAUUGCCGAUCCAUCGUCCUUCUAUUCACGGGAUGAAGCGCAAAUAUAGAGUUGGAGAUAUUCUAAGAGGAAAUUGUACUUCGGAUGGGAGCAAACCAGCGGCCAAUUUAACUUGGUUUAUCAACGGUCGUCAGCCGCUCAAUUCUCACAUACGAUAUUACAACCCGCAAGAUUCAAAUAUAGCCGGCGAACAUCAGGAUUCGGCGAUAGGAUUGCAGUUUUUGAUAACCCCCGAUCACUUUGCUGGUGGAAAAUUGAAAGUACGUUGCAGCGCAUCGAUAUACGACGUUUAUUGGCAGAGUACGGAAGUCAGUGCGGAAGAAGAUCGACCGAAAGGCUCAAAUUUUGAACCAGCGGCAACAAUCGUUGGCAUAAAUUACCUCCAACCACCACCAAACUUUCAAACUGAACAGAGGAAACCCGACGGUCAGGCAGAUGUUAAAGUUAUUGGAUCUUCGGCUGAGCGACGAAGAGUGAUGAAUGGCUGCGUAGAGUUUAUGUUAUUGAUAAUUAUACAAAUAAUUGUAAUUCGAUGAAGUUCUAUGUAUUAUACUAUGGUAUUUUGGAGCUAUUUAUAUGAAUCAAUCUGCUUAUAAAGAUAUUUGAAUCUGUC